AUGAUUCAGAACACGGACGAGGUUGCACUCCGAGACGAGGCGGCACCUCCAAGGACUUACGAAGCUAUGUUGAUACCCUUUAAUCUUCCAAAUCCCGAGAAUUCUCUUAUUGGUUUCUCCCAACAGGAAACUUCCCCAAUUAUCUCGGCGGUCACCACGACUGUGAGAGCACAAACAUCUGUUUGUGUACCAUCUAGUGUAUACCUUGCAUAUCCUGGUCAGCAGCGACUCGGUCCCACUCUGGCGUCGUCUCAUUGGCCACCUGAGGAGGAGGAGGAGGAGGAGGAGGAGGAGGAGGAGGAGGACGAGGAGGAGGAGGAGGACGAGGAGGAGGACGAGGAGGAGGCGGCAGCAGCAGCAUCGUAUUGUGAAUGA